GGUGCCGAGCGGGACAGGACAGCAGCGGCAGCGGCGGCGACGGUGGGAGCGGCGCAGCCUGACAGUGAACAACCGGCCGGGCGCCACACACCGCAGCCUCGACGGCCUGAACCCGCUUCCAGGCCCAGGCUGCAGCUCCAUUUGCCCGCGGCUGGUGAAGCUUCUCUGGCGGACAGCUCCGAUCUGAGGGAGGGGAGAGGCCCCGGUCCACACCCCACCACUGGACACCAGCUGAAGGAGGCUCCGACCCGGCCGCACGGGGUACAGCCCGCGGGGGGUUGACGCACAGAAUCACCGACCCCUCCUGUUGAACCAAAAAGUUUAAAGGCAGCAAAGGAAACCGUGCUGUGGGAUGUGAAGCUUUUCCAAUUGAUCAACUGACGACAAGCACUUGGAAGAUUUUGAACUGCCAGUUCUGAUAUAUAGCUGAUCUGUGAGAAUAUUCCAAACACGAUCAUGUCGUACGAUGAUUCAGUCAUGAUUGAUGCCCCCAGUGACAGCUUCUGGGAGGUUGGGAACUACAAGCGCUCCGUAAAGCGCAUUGAUGAUGGCCACAGACUCUGUAGUGAUCUAAUGAAUUGUGUCCAUGAGCGAGCGCGUAUAGAGAAGGGUUAUGCACAACAACUUACAGAGUGGGCCAAGAGGUGGAAACAGCUGCUGGAGAAAGGUCCACAGUACGGGACUUUGGAAAAAGCAUGGAUAUCACUAAUGACGGAGGCUGAGAAAGUCAGUGAGCUGCAUCUGGAGGUCAAGAGUGCACUGAUGAAUGAAGAUUUUGAAAAAAUCAAGAACUGGCAGAAGGAGGCCUACCACAAGCAGAUGAUGGCAGGCUUCAAAGAAACUAAGGAGACCGAUGAUGGAUUCCGUAAAGCACAGAAGCCAUGGGCCAAAAAAUUGAAAGAGGUGGAAGUUGCCAAGAAAGCCUAUCAUGCAGCUUGUAAAGAGGAGAAAUUAGCAAUAUCCAGGGAAUCAAACAACCGGUCAGAAUCAAACACUAAUCCAGAACAACUGAAGAAACUGCAGGAUAAGGCUGAAAAAUCUAAACAGGAUGUUCAAAAGACAAAGGAAAAGUAUGAGAAAAGUCUAGACGAAUUAAAUAAAUGCACUCCGCAAUAUAUGGAAAAUAUGGAGCAAAUGUUUGAGCAAUGUCAACAUUUUGAAAACAAGCGGCUAGAUUUUUUUCAAGAAGUCCUCUUGGAAGUUAAGCAACAUCUUGACUUAUCUGCCACCAGCUAUAACGCAAUAUAUCAAGAGUUGGAGCAUGUUAUUAAAACAGCAGAUCCUCAGGAAGACCUUAAAUGGUUCAGAUGUACAUAUGGUCCAGGAAUGCCUAUGAACUGGCCCCAGUUUGAGGAAUGGAGUGUGGACCUCAAUCGCACACUGAGCAGGAGGGAAAAACCUAAAAAGACUGCCGAUGGUGUGAUCUUGACAAGUGUCAGUCAGACAGGCGAACAGGUACCUCAGCCUCCAAAAUCCAGCAGUGAUGAAAAGAACCCAAAUUACACCACGGAGUGGUCAGAUGAUGAAAGCAAUAAUCCUUUCAACAGCAAUGAAGCAAAUGGUGAUAAUCCGUUUGAAGAGAAUCAUUCAGCAGUGUUGGAAGUGAAAGUGCGUGCAUUGUACGACUAUGAGGGGCAGGAACGCGACGAGCUGAGUUUCAAAGCAGGUGAUGAACUGACGAAGGUGGAAGAUGAAGAUGAACAGGGCUGGUGCAAGGGACGACUAGAGGGUGGUCAAGUUGGCCUGUACCCUGCCAAUUACGUCGAAGUCAUCCAGUGAUGCAGAACAUUCCACCACAGAUGCCAUGAUCCUUUCACAUCUAAAAACACAGUUACAUCAACUUUAAAUAAAAUAUAUAGUGGAGUAGAGAAUGUACAAAUUCAUUAUAUUAAGCAUUAUUGCUUUGGAAACUGCUUGGCUUUGAGAAGAAAUCAAGUUUUUAUCAGUGAACAAAUGCGCAUUUUAGCAAGCUCUUGUCUCAUCUUCCGAAGUACAACUGAAGCUUCAUGGUAACUGACAUUGGUUUUAAAUGUUAACUCUUAGUCUAUGACAAUUUUAGUUUUCAAAGACACUGAUUGUAAAAAAAAAUGAUUUUAAUGACUUGCCUUGUUUGACUGCUGAAUAUGAAUUUUAAAUGUCCGUCUUUGCUUCAUUGCAUCCUUAAGUAAUUCCCCUCAAUUUUCAGUCUUUUGUUUCUGUUUUCUACUUUAUUUUUAAAAUUAAGGCUUCCACUAUUUUCUUCUUGGUUAUCUGAUUAUUUAAUUUAGUUGUAGUUCCUCCUUUGUAGAAAGAACACUUAUAUGCUGGAGGUACAGUUGAUAAAGUGACCUUAAGCUCCAUUUUAAUGUCCUCCCUAUAGCGUAGAAAUAUUUAAUCAUUUAUACUUCUGUGCAAAACCAUGUGCUUUAGUGUGCUUCCUGCACCAUGUAUUUUAGCACGUCAGUGAAACACUGGGAUGUGUUUUAAUUAAGUACUACUGCACUUGUGGCCUGUUACUUCAUGGGUGAUGUAUCAUAAUUGAUAUGGAUCAAUAGAAAAUAUAUUGUUAAACUUAAAGCAGUCCGCAUUGUGAAAAUUGUGGGUUGCAAUGUGGACUCGAGGCAGGGCUCCAUGACUUUUUGUAUGAUAUAAUGUUCAUUUGCUCCUAACCAAAGGAUUUGGAAGAGGAGCAGCCUGUUUAAUGGUGGAUGUAGAGAAUGUGUGCGAUGCUUCAUUUAUUUUCACUGGUACUACACUGUUCCGCAGAUCUCUCAGAUAAUUGGGGAGUUUUGAAAAUCUGCGUUAAGGUGCAGGCCUUGGAAUUCUCCUCUAAAGCAAAGACUGCAGGAUCCUUGUAAUAGUAAAUGUUCAACAUGAACAAAUGUGGGAAUUAUGAUGAAUGUUUUUGAAAUUUUGUUCUGUGAAUCCUUCCAACUAGUCUUCACUGCUAGAAUUAAAUAGAAAUUGUAUGUAAUAAUAACAAAUGUAGACAUGAUUUUUGAAUGUGAUUCUGGGCAAUCCCAAAGGAAUAUUAAAGCUCUACUAUUGUAGGUAAGUAGCUGUAUUGGGAUAGUUCAUCAAACUAAAUAGUUUGUAGUUUAAAAAUUGAGUUUCCUUAGUAUGCAUUUGACUGAUGAUAUGAAAUGAAUGCCUCGUAAUUUAAUGACCAAGUGUGCCUUAGAAAACUUUUCUCACAAAGUUUUCUGUCAAAUCUUUUGUCAGUGGGUUUAUUUAGUAUCGUUAUACACUGGUUCGAGGGUGAUACUUUUGAAAUUAAACCAGUCUUCAAUAUUUUGAAUUUCCGACGUGAGAUUACUUUUACAAAACUAAUUAUUUUGAUAACUUGUGUAGCUUUUGACUUGCUAAAGUUUAGUAUCACUUCCUGAUGUUCAUAGUAUUGGCAAAUCACUAUUUAAGUUUGUAAUCGGACCAUUAAUUACAUGAAAAUCUUGUGAAGGAAACUAUUUUUAAGCUUUGAUACUUCAGCAGGUCUAUUUAAAGAAAUCUAUAGCAGGAACAUACUUUGCACAGGACUACUCUGGAAAACAGCGAAGACACGGAGAUGAUGAUAGAGCCAUCUGAUCAUAUGAACACAUGGACUAUGUGUAGGUCUAGCCCACAUGGCCCUUCUGAUAGCAAUCUCAGCUCUGAAAUUCAGACACCCCAUGGUACCUUUUUGAUUAUCAAGGAUCUGUCCACUUCUGCCUUAAAAAUGACCAAAGCCUCUGUUCUACCACCCUCAAAGAGUCGCCACAAUGAGGGGGGAAAAAACCUCAAUCUUAGACCUGCAAGCCUUUAUGUUUAACCUGUUCAAUGCCAUCCCCAAGUAUACUCUGGUCAUGAUCAAUAGUGAAAAAAAACUUGGCAGAGAACAGGUUAAACUCUGACCACCUAGUUCUAUGUUUCCCCACAAGGGGAAAUAUCCUCUCUGCAUCCAUCCAUUGGGGACAUCUCAGGUUCUUGUAACGUCUUUCUGGAAGAAAAUACUAUUUAAGAUAAUUGUAUUAUUUUUUCCCUGCCAGAUGUUAGCAAAUUUGGGUAGAGUAAUUCAACAUGUAGCUCUGUAUGUUAGAGUUCUGAUUUUUUCCAUGCUGUUAAAACAAUGGACAAAGCACAUUACAAACUUUCAAUUGCUCUACUUUGUAUUAAACAGACAAUUUACAAAAGACAAAA